AUGGGGGGCGGAAUUAUGGACAUUUACCACAUCCGUAACGGGCGCUCCUUGAUGGUAACAGGAUGGCACACCUCUUUCCCGCCGUCGAGCUGCCUCGGUCCGGACUCGGGCGAGCUGAACUGGCGGGCGGUGGUUUCGGAGGCGGAGCAGAUGGUCGGCUACCCCACCUCCUUCCUCAACCUGCGCUGGCUGUUCAACGACGAGAUCGCCGUCGCUGCGACGCAGCUGAGGAAACUGGUGGGCACCAACCACCCGCUGCUGAAGUCUGCCAAGAACAUCCUCGUCGGCUCGAAGAGCAACCUGCAGUCCGUCGGGCUGGUGGUCCUUCUGGUCUCGAAGGCGGCCGGCUUCGGGCCGGACCAGCUCGUGGAGCAGCACAGCUCCGGGGUGCUGAACGCGCAGCGGGCGCUCGCCGAGAUCGUCGAGAUGAAGCGCACGGGCCACAUAAUCCACAAGGCAAUGGCGAAUCUACGGGACAGGAGGGCCAGCGGUGGUCAGUACGAGGACCUGCUGUGUGGCAAUAAAAUCGUGCUGCUGAGCGGUGAUUACCUGCUAGCGAAAUGCCUCAAACAUCUCGGUGAUCUACGAAACAACGAGGUGACUGAGCUGAUCUCUACGGGACUGCGCGAUCUGGUCGAAGGCGAUUUCUUUGGCGAAAUAGACGCCGACGGAAAUCCUUUGCCAUCGAAACCAAAAGCAAGCAACACUAUCGAACGCAAUUAUGACUGGGAGAAUGAGAACAAUCUGGGCAAACUCGGCUCCAACGACUUCCUCGGCCAGGGGAAAGACGAAUGGAAGCUCCGGACGAUGCUCACUUCAGGAAGUCUACUUGCUAAGGGCUGCCAAGCGGCCAUGAUGCUCAGCAAGCAGGGAAUGGAGAUGGAACGGGAGGCGUACAGACUCGGCGGCCACUUGGCAAUGAUCUGGCAGUUGUAUCUGGACGUCAAGGACUUCUUUACCCACCCGCACUCCUACUCGCUGGUCGGGGCGCCCGUAAUCAUAGCCAUAUGGGAAUACCCAACGGUCUACGGGCACAUCUUCGAAGCGAAGUUGGAGAAGAGGGGUGUGGACUUUAAGCAGCUGUUCUACGCCGUACGCAGCACCAGGGCCCUGGAGUAUCUGAGGCUGCUACUCCAUGAGGAACUGAUGGCGGUCGUGAGGUGCACCGAGAGAUUUCCGGUGGAAGACGCUAGGUUGGCCCUUAACAAGAUGGCCGCCUCUAUACACAGCGAGGCUGUGCAAUUUCUAGACUCG